CAAAGAAGUCAACAAUGCAUCGAUGCAAGACAUGACGGAGGCUACAGCCAGGGGAUUAGAGCUAUGUCCUGCUGAACCACCAUUUCUACGAGGGAGGCUACGUGUCUACCUAAAAAAAACGACAGGAGAGAACCCGGAUGUUCGUCUUGGAGGAAAAUGGCGGCCUCCAAACUGUACUGCCAGACACAAGGUGGCCAUCGUUAUUCCGUUUCGUGACAGAGAGACACAUCUGCGGGUGUUACUGAGACACCUGCACCCGAUUCUACAGCGGCAGCAGCUGGACUAUGGUGUGUACGUGGUGGAGCAGUAUGGAAACGGCACAUUCAACAAGGCAACGCUAAUGAACAUAGCCUAUGUCUUCGCGCUGAGUGAAGACGACUAUAGCUGUUUUAUCUUCCACGAUGUGGACCUACUGUCAGAGGAUGAUCGCAACUUGUACACCUGUGCAGAUCAGCCCAAGCACCUCUCUGUAGCUGUUGACACAUUAAAGUACAGACUACCCUAUGAGGACAUAUUCGGCGGAGUGGUAGCGCUUACUGCAGACCAGUUCAGACGGGUGAACGGGUUCUCUAACCUCUACUGGGGCUGGGGAGCGGAGGAUGACGACAUGUCCAGAAGGGUCCGAAUGAGUGGCUGGAAGAUAUUGAGGCCGCCUGUCUCUAUUGCCAGAUUCAGAAUGAUUCCUCACAAGAAAAGACGAGCUUCAGCAGCAAAGGACCGUGUAUAUGACCACAUUGUCAGCAACUUCACCGCUGACGGAUUGAACAGUCUGGAGUAUGAACUAGUUUCUGUGUACAAGAACCGUCUCCUCACGCAUAUUGUUGCCAACCUGAAGCUUCAAGAACCCAGGUGGACAAAUGUAACCGACGAACAUACGGUCACUAGGAAUAAGACCAUGCACCGCAACAGAAGAAAAUAUGGUAACCCGUGAGAAACAUGAAAAGGUACUGCAUUCCUUGUUACGUUUGCUAAGACGUGCAUUUGUCGGGCUUGUAGCAAACGAUUAAAUCAGAAUGGCUGGGAAAGAAGGUCUGAAUAGCACCUAAUCUACCUUUUAGUGCCAGCAAUAUUGCCCCAUAAUUCAGCAAUUGACACCAAAUUGUACGAUCUUUAUCGAUAUUUAGCAGGGCAAACUGAA